GCUGUCCUUGACGAGGCGGUCGUGACUUGCAACACAGCCGCCGAGGAGGCCAAGAGGAAAGCGAUGGCCGAGACAUCAUCUGGAGGCAGCGCUCGGAUCCUGGGCGCCGGUGCUGUUGACUUGGGUGCCUUUGUAGCCGUGGCGACACGUGGUCUCCUGGAAGAGGGAGAUCCCCUCCUGUGGUUCGCGCGGCGGAUGCGUGGGGGUGGUGUGCCCGACACCGACGAGGCGGUGGCUGUACCAUCAUUGCGCUUGGUGGCGUUUGCUGCUGUACUCCCGGCACUGCAGAGGAUUCAGGAGGUGUGGCCCAACGUGUUCAUGCCGGCUUUCCCGGACCUGUUUGCGGCCAACUAUUCGCACUUCAGCAAGUUCCUGCAAUCUGCCGAGGAGGCCAUGGAUCCCACAGAGGCCGACAUCUUGCGGCGCGACCCGUCCCUGA